GCAGCAUUUAACUACGACCGUCGUACAGCACUUGUUCCUAUGGAUGGUGAUCCUCUUGCACCAGGUCGAGGUGCAACUACUCGCAUUUACCGUGAUGUACCGUGAUGUGCUUGCAGAACACCUGCUAACUAUUGCAGAUGAGAACUCAAUUUUAUGCAAGAUGGAGCCGGAAUCCAUCGGUCUGGGCUUAUACAUGAUUUGGCCACCUUAUUCACCAGAUCUCAAUCCAAUUGAGAACCUGUGGUUAGUUCUGAAGCAACUUAUCUACGAGCGGUAUCCUGAUCUUGAGCAUGUAGCAGAUACAGAAUUUGUCAAACUCAAUGCCACGUCCCGUAACUUAUAGGCAGUAAUUGAGGCUGAAGGCUGGUAUACUAAAUACUAGAAUAAUCAAUUGUGAAUACUUGCCACCUCCCACUGUACCGGAUUAUCUAUCGCCAUCGCGGCAUGGAUGGUGUUGGAAAAUAAAAUUCAUUAUUAUUCCAGCCACCAAGGGUCAUGUGAUUAAUAGGAGGCCCCAUGGCUUUGAGUUUAGCUGACGAGCUGAGGCUGAGUCAUAGGAUGUUAUCAUCGAAGAACAUCAAAAGUGCCGAGUAUAUAUAGCCGAUGAAAUCCCCCCUCGGAGAAAAACCUUUCAAAGAACUUGAACCGAUUUCUUCAAAGGAACGGCAUAUCACAUUACCUUACGGAGUACUGCCAUCCAAGAAAAUACGGCGGGUCGACAGCAGCCAUUAGCGAAUCCCCCAGCUGAAAUCGAGAGGCUGGAAUUUGUCGGUUCGGGGACUUUUUAGGCUUUCGGGUCCACUAUCUUGCGGCCCUGCGCGUCCCUGUUUAGCGUUAGCCGCUCUCAGCUUUAGCGCGAUAAGUACGCGGUCUGGUGAAGCUUGAUGUCGAGGUCGACGUGAUUGAUCUCCACAUACCAAUUCCUCCAAUUCUUCCAAUUCUUCCACCCACCAUUCUUGCUACUCUCUACAAUUAUACUCAGUUCUACUCUAUUAUACCCUCGACACACCUACUACUUUAUAAUUGUUUUACCUCCUCACCCACCACUACAAGGCAAGGUACAACCAACGCGUUUACGAAUCCACAAACAGGACGACACCUCGAAACACACCAACUCGACACCCCGCGAUCGAGUCCUAUCUAUGCCCACAACACCGUGACCUCUUCCUCAACCGAUGUGCAAGCUUCCCGGCUUAUAAGACCUUACCAAUCCUGGCCGCGGGCCAGUGCCGUACCCGAUGUCGUCGCCGCCACUGACCGCUCGGGGCGCCAGCUCACAACCCCCUAUGCCUCCGUCUCGCAACCAACCCGGCACCACCGAUGGCGAGAGUGCCGGCGUGACAAUCAGGUCUAUGAGACUGAAAGUCCUCUACACCUUCGACGACCAGAAUAAGACGAAUUGCCUAGCGAGAUGGCCGCAUGUGUUACAGAUCCAGGCUGUAGCUAUGGACGAGAACGCCACCAUCGGUGUCAUCGAGCUGAAAACCUGCAUCCAAGCUAUCGUGCAAUGCUCCCCCGAGCUAGUCGCCAAGCUGGGACAAGAUUACACCGUAUACGCCUACGACUACUCCGAGUACGACAACCCGCUCGUCGGCCAAGGCAUGCUCUCCUGGGCCCUCGCGGCCUCUUUACCCACCCCCGAAGCACCCGCCAGCCAACCCCGCCAGCUUAUUACCGGCCGCGUGUGCAAGAACAUCCAGGGCCUGUUCUCGAACGGCGUAGCGGAGACGCUGGAGGUGAAGUUGCGUCUCGUUCCCGUGCCGACGGUGCUGCAGAGCGAGUAUGUGCGCAGUAUGGAGACGUACCGAGAGAUUAGCAAGGCGAUGCCGGUGGGGUUUGAUCAUGGCGAGUGGUUAGCGUUCUUGCAGUCGAAUCCCAGCGUGGGACAGGUUGCGAAUAGGGUGAAUACGCCGGUGCCGAUGCCGAGUCAGAGGAGUGGGAUUAGUAUGGAGGUUGUUAAUCAGUUGCUCAGCCCGUCGCUGCAGCAGACCUCGGUGGAUCCGUUUAAUGUCCCGCCGAAUAUGGAGAUGGCGGGGAGUAUUAGUCGGCCGCCGAGUCCGAGGGAGAAGGCUCCUUCGCGUCCGGCGUCGCAGGCGUCGGUGAAGAGGCCUAGGAAACCUCGUGCUCCGUCGAAGCCGCUCGUCGGUGGGAAUACAUCGGGCUAUGAGGAUGGGACUGAUGGCGAGGAGGCACCUACGACUAAGAAACGAGCUAAGAUUACGCAGACGAACUGGAAUAGCAAAUCCUCUUUCGGUACUGGAACUGACUCUCUCCGCGUCGCUGCUAGCACGGCUGGAUCCCUCCGACUAUUUCGACCUAUUGCUAUAGCACCUGCUCCAGGCGGCGCGGCGGGCUCUCAUCUACAGGAGAUGCCUAGAGCGCCGACUCCUGUCCCGCAGUUGCCUUCUUUGAAGGCCAAUCGCUCGCGCGCUACGUCCCAGAGCAUGCUCCGCCGCAACUCUAUCGUCUCCCAGUUCGGUGAAUCGCGCCGACAGUAUAACUCUCCCUACCCUCCCUCCGACGCCGGUCACGACCCACAAGAUCACGUCCGCAUGUCCAUCGAAUCCGACAUGACCUCACCAGAAAAAGAAGACAGCCCCGCCGACACACCACCAGACAUCAACUCCUCCCCGCCCGUGCUCCGCCGCACCGCCUCAGCACGCUCCAGCCCCCACGCGCCAUCCAGCCCGAUCCUACCACCCAUGCCGCGGACAGACUCGGGGUUUAUGAGCGGAGACAUCAGUGAGUUAUUCGAAGACAACGAGGAAGGACAACCUGCUGAGGAGGACCCCGUCAUCGCAGCUAAGUACACGCGUCGCCGUGCCACCAAGCCCGCUGCGCCGCGCGCCGAGAAAGUCCACCAUGGCUUCGCGAUCGAGGAGGUCACGCCGGGGCCGCCUGAACUGCUGCCGACGAAGAUGCUGCCGCGUGCGGAGGCGAAGCAGAAGGCGGGGCCGAAACCGAAGAUGAAACGGACGCUGGCGAGGAGUAAGAGUACGAUGUCGGAGGAUGGGCUGGCGAAUGGGGGGAGGAUGGGGAGCGUGGCGUCGUUUGCGCCGGUUAGGCCAGGGUCCGCGAUGGCGCAGGUACCGAUUACUGCUGCUCCUGAUGCUUCUCAGAGCGUGGAGCAAAGCCAGACGGAAGUUGCGCCGCCAAGCUUGUCUAGGAAUAACAGUGCGCCGCAGAAUAAUUCGUUUUCGCGCCCCCCGUCGAGGUCUAUGAGCCGCACCGCAUCACUGGGAUCACUAACACUGCCCGCCGUCGCCGCGAGCGAACCAGCCCUCCCACCCAGCAGCCUUCAACACGCACACACCUGGUCCGACGCCGCCCACCCCGCCACCGAAGCCCCAACCCAAAUGGACGAUGGCACGGUCGCAGAGCCCUACUCCAAACGCAGCGCGAUGGGCAAGAAACAAACCAUCCGCCUCCGCCUCGAAGACGCCAUCUCGCGCGGCGAAAUGCCCCCCUUCUGCAGCAACUGCGGCGCCAUCGAGACGCCCGCCUGGCGCAAGGCGUGGGCGCAGGAAUGCAAGGGCGAUCCGGGGUAUCACGAGUAUAGCGAUGAGGCGGGGCGUGUGACGGCGAUUGAGAUUGUGGAGAGGGAUGAGGGCGGGAAGCCGGUGGCGUAUCGGUUGAUUAAGAAGUCGCUUGCUGCGGCGGAUGAUAAAUCGGCGUUUACGGAGAUCCUGAUGUGCAACCCGUGUGGCAUCUGGAUGUCGAAGUAUAAAUCCCAGCGUCCUGAGGAUCGCUGGGGGAAAGACCCGAAUCAGAAUGCUGGCGAGAAGAAGAAGCGGGGGGGUUCGAAACCGAGGAAGUCGGUUGCGGGACAGGCGCCGUUGCCUACGUCGGAAGCGCAUUUCUACUCUGACGCCCCUGUACCCCCUGACAACUACACCUCUGCGCCCGCGCCGCAGCAGGACCUCCACGUCUCAGCAGUAACGACAAUGCAGUCCCGCAUCUCCCAACGCGGUGGAAGCGUGCAACCCCCCAAGAACACAACAUCCCUAAAAGACACCGCCGCCGCCUCCCUCCGGCGCGUCAUCCAAUCCAGUCCUGCUCGCUGGAUGGGAACUUCGCGACACACCCCCAUCGAGCUCGAAGACGAGCUCGGCGCAACACGACGCCUCCUCUUUCCCUCCCCCCGAAAGGACGACUCCCCGAAAUCCCUAAGCGACCUACCGCCUGGCUUUUCUGCUCCUAAUUGCAAUAAAGAGAAUCACCCCCCUGCCCCAAACCCACUAGAUGACGAUGAUGACCUCGCCGCGCUCUUUGGGGAAGACCCGUUGAGAACGUCGAGACCGACUACACCGACUCGUUUACCGCCCUCAAACCCGUUUAAGACGCCUACGCGCCCUACACCCUCACAUAGACCGAUCACCCGCUCCAUUUCCCGCUCCGCGAAAUCAGCAAGGUCGAGACGGGGUGCCAUGCUCCCCGAACGCACACCCACGCGCUCCACCCCCGCUACGCGACGUAGUCCACGCCACCGCACCGGCGGCGUGCAAGAAAGCCCCUUCACAGCGACGCUAAACCGGCUCAUCAGCGAGACUGGGGAAGAUGGCCAUGCCAACGGGGGGUACGAUACCGGCCGCUCGCCGUCGCGAAAUUUGGACCUCGGUCUAGAUUUCUCCGCCCUCCCCGACCUCGCGCACCCACCUGACCUCCACAGCGACGCCUUAUUGUUCGCCGGCGCCAGAUUCGGACAUGGCGGAGGCUUCGGUGGGGGAGGGGGAGCUGGGGAGUUCUUCUCAACAGACGCGGCGCCGAUGCCGAGUAGUCCGCCGAGAAUGUUUGAGUUAUAUGAGGAUCCCCUGGGCAUGGAGAUGGGGAGUUUGGAGGCGAUGGAGGAGGCUAUGUGGAGGGAGUUUGGGGGGGAUGGGUUAGGGAUGGGAUUGAGUGGGGGAGGGGGAGGGGGGUUGGUGGUUGAUAGGGGGGGGAGGGCGAGUUUUAGUAUGAGGAUGGAUGCUACGGUGGGGGGAGAUGGGGGGGUGGCUAUUAAGGUUGAGGAUGGGGAGGGUGCGCAGGCUGUUUAG